AUGGAGACCCCACGGACAAUUCGCGGUGUACAAGAUGUUUUCUUCUCGGUCAACCCUAAAUGGUUCGUCGAGUGCCGAAGACGGGACACGCGCCUGAGUCGCUCGCUCGCUCGCUAUAGCGGGUCUGACUCCGAUCUUCAGCGAGUCGUUCACCGCACCGGUUUCCGCGGUCCGCUGCUGUUCCUGACUCUUGGAGAUUCCAUGUCUAGGUUCCAUUCCGCGUCUUUUGCUGUUACAAGUUGCCUCAUCCAGGGUCCAAAUUUUGUGUGCCGCGCCUAUCGCUCCCAUUACGUUACCGGGCGGUUGGUCUUACACACCAAACUGUAUGCUUCAGCCCGCCUACGUAACUUCAACAAGCCUGGUGAAACUUAUGUAUUGUUACGUCGUGUCCAUCCGUCCAAAGCCUACCCUGUUCCUUACACAAUAUCCGCCACGAACGGCCCCUUGUGUUGUUUACUUGAUACAGUAACUAUCCUACGUCUUAAUCCAACUCUGAUAUAUCACAGGCGAGAGGCAAUUGGUAUUACAAAUGGGGAGAUAAACAGCAGCACUAAACAGUUUGCAAUCUUUGUAGUCCACUAA